AUGUGCCAGAGCUGUGGUUGGGCUGUGCUCCUGGGGCUCUGGCUGACCCCCACCUUCUCCCCUCUCUCCUCUCCCUCUGCAGGUUCCCUGGUGCAGGCAGCUCUGUCUCAGCCAGCCUCGGUGUCAGCCAGCCCAGGAGAGACCGUCCAGAUCUCCUGCUCGGGGCUUAGCAGCUAUGCUGUUGGCUGGCACCAGCAGAAGGUCCCUGGCACUGCCCCUGUCACUGUGAUCUACUACAAUGACAAGAGACCCUCGGACAUCCCUUCACGGUUCUCUGGAUCCAAGUCUGGCACCACUGCCACCUUAACCAUCACUGGGGUGCAGGCUGAGGACGAGGCUGUCUACUUCUGUGGUAGCUGGGACAGCAGCAGUGAUGCUGUUGUAGUGACACAGAGAAAUGUGCCAAUGGUCUUAGCUGAACGAGGCCACGAGGGGGCGCUGCUGCUGCUGCCUUUUCGGUUUCCUCGUUCCCUGGUGCAGGCAGCUCUGACUCAGCCAGCCUCGGUGUCAGCCAACCCAGGACAAACCAUCCAGAUCUCCUGCUCAGGGCUUGGUAGCAGCAAUGCUGUUGGCUGGUACCAGCAGAAGGUCCCUGGCACUGCCCCUGUCACUCUGAUCUAUGCUAAUACCAACAGACCCUCGGGCAUCCCUUCACGGUUCUCUGGGUCCAAGUCUGGCACCACAGGCACCUUAACCAUCGCUGGGGUGCAGGCUGAGGACGAGGCUGUCUACUACUGUGGUGGCUGGGAUGGCAGUGGCAGUGGCAGCAGCUAUGGUGUCUGGUGA